UGCCCAUGGGAAAAGAAGGUGGAUAACGUCCCCAACGGCCUGACCAUGCGACUAAACAAACUUCUAAUCUGCGCGUGGUGCAAGGAGACUGGUACAACCCAUAAUGCAAGCAAUUGCCCAAUCAAGAAGAAAUUUGAGGACGGCGCCAAGGAAAAAAUAUAUGCCACCUAUGACAAGUUCGCUUUCUGUGCUCACUGCGGUUCCAACCAACAUCUGACCAAAGGCUGCCCUACAACUCAACGCAGACAUAAGGAGCUUAAAUGGGAAAACGGGAUUUUACAGUGGGAGGCAAAAUGGGAGGCGAAGAACAUACUCAAAGAACCAAAUCUCAGACGCCCCGAAAUUGACGAGUACAUGUGGUGCCACUUCUAUAGCGACGGUAAAACGGCAUUCAUUGAUAACAUACCGGUUUCUUUGAGAGGUGAAUUCUUGAAGGAACCAGUCCAAACGAUGAGUUUCGGACCGCGCGGCAUAGAAAAAAACACCAAUUCCACUGCCUUGACUGGCAACCAGCAGACCUUCGGCAACCAGCAAAUCUUCGGCAACCAGAUCAUCGGCAACCAACACAUCAAGAUUGACGGAGAUAAGUUGACAGUUCCUUGUCAACAGUGCGGGAAAGCGGAACUCGAAUUCGACACUCGUUUCGUGUUGGAGCAGCGUCAAUGCCGCAAUUGCAACACCGUGAUUAACCACCCCAAGAACCCGAACGCUAGACAGUUGCAAAACUCAGGUGAUCCCUGGGGCUGGUUGAAAAAGGAUUCGGAUACUCAACCUGGCACCUACAAAUUCGAAUUCACUGUCGGUAACGAAAUUGCUAAGAAAGAGGACGACAGGAUGCGCCGCCCCUCCGACCAAUUAGAGGUUCAUCCCCAUGAACUAUGGCCAGUGGAACAACCACAAUACGUAGACUCUAACGUUGGCUUGCUGGAGAGGUUCAAUCAGCCAGGAAACGACCAGACUUACUUUCCUUCCCGCAAGCACCGGGUCGGACCUACCGAUUGGUGGGUUGCAAGUAAUGCCGGUGCGGCGAUCAAUAUAUACGCAAGGGAUGGGAAGGUUAUUGGAUGCCGGACAUGUGGCUGCAAAAUGACCAUGAUGGAUGGCGAUUAUGAUAACGACGUUGUCAUGACCUCUACAGGACUUGCGAAUGUGUUUGGAUGCGCCUGGGGCUAUAUGAAGUGGAACAGCAUUGCAGGGAAUGACUGCGGCUGCGUUGGAAUUGCGGGGCACAAAAAAGAGUGGCUCAUGAUACCUGUUGAUGACCUGUAGGGUAAGGUAAGUAUGGUGGAUGCUGUAAGUGACUGGCUUUAGUGUUUAUCAGUAGUAGCGUUGCAGCGUCCUUGAGCAUUAAUUCGGUUUUCACUUUUUCUCGAUAUUGCAUAAUCUCAGCUGAAAUCCACAUCGAAGAUUAGUAACUAGCCAAUCUCAAUUCCUCAAUCUCAAUUCCCCUUAAACAUUGCACGCCAGGUUCCCCUUUUUUUCAGGUACAAAUCCAUUCCCAACCUUCCGCAACCUCCCAAAACCACCCUCACUCCACCACCCUCCCAAACCCAAACCCUC